AGAAAGAGAUGGGGUAGGCGAGAAAACGGAUAGAGGAGAGGAAGAAAAAGAAGAAAAGAAGAGAGCCUGAAGGGCUGAAGGGUAAGAUGGGAGAGGAAGAAGAAAAGGAAUUAGGGAGGGAGGGAGAGUGAGUGAGUGAGAGUGAGAGGAGAGAUAAUGGACGGGAGGAAUGAUGGGGAUGGGGAUGGGGAUGGGGAUGGGGAUGGGAUGGGAUGGGAUGGGAGUUGCGCUGCGCUGCGUUGCUUGUUUCGCUCACACUCUGUCUCUGUCUCUCUCUCUCUCUCUCUCUCUCUCUCUCUUUUCUCUGUUGCUCACUCUUAGGGGAGGCCGACGACUGACAGGCGGGCGGAGACUGACGGACGGGAUUUUCCAGACACCGCGAGAAGAACGGAACGCCAGGCACACAACACUUUCUUUACUCCCAAUCUCUCUAAUACUGACCAAUUCUAACUAAUGGUCUUUUAUUUAUUUUAUGCCGAUUUGAUUC